AUGGUUGGGAGGAAGGUCCUAGACGGUUUGAGAAAGGGAAAGAAGGACCUAUAUGCGCUCAAUGUGCAGUACUGUCGGAGGUAUUUCAGGGCGAGCUAUUCCCCAGCAUUUUACCACAACAUUUCUUGUCGCGUCGUUACUCACCGCGAAAUCGAUGCGCGUCGCACAAGCUGAUUCCACCUCAAACAGCGACUUCCUCAAACGGGAUGACCAAAUCCUGGCCAAUCGCCUGUUGCAAGAAGAAAGCCUCGAACGUCGGAAGAAAGCUGCAGUGGACUUGGACCGAGCGCGCGCUCAAAAUGGCCAGACUGGUGCUUACCCGGAUGUUGACGACCUCGACGAGGACGUGCCCAUGGACGAUAUCGGCAGUGAGAACUAUGGCUCGAAGACGAUUAUCAUCCACGUAGGGAGUGAGAACCUGCGAUUAGGAUUUGCCACCGACGCCUUGCCCAAAACAGUACCUAUGGUAAUCGCAAGGAGAUCUGAAACUUCAGAGUCUGAAGAUUCCGAGCCUGUACCAAAGCGCAUCAAGCUCGACAAGGACGCGCCGUCUGAAGAGUGGUUUGGAGAAGAAGUGUGUGGCGGUGUUUCGCUUCAUCUUGGAAUGUACUAACAUAUCUCAGUUCGCGAAGGAGUACAAUGCUAUGGCUUCAGAGUUCAGAACAUACAGGAGACAAAAUAAGCGACGAGUAUUGCCCAACUCUCGUGAAUUGGUCACCAAAUGGAAUAGCACGACAGAACCAGAGAUCAUCUCCGAGCAUAAUGAUCCACUACGCAUCGAUUGGACAGAACUACCACCGCAUCCCUCGAAAGCCCCAGAGUACAUUGUCGGCGCACCUGCGCUCCGCAUCCCGGAGAAAUCGGCCCCAAGAUACCGACUUCACUGGCCCAUACGGCACGGCUGGUUAAACGAAAAAGACUACAGCAGUCGUAAUCUCCUACUUCGCGAUUUUUUCAUGAUUAUUGAAGAGAGCUUGAAGACGGAACUUGAACUGCCACACAAGAAAGAUUGGAAUCAGUACAGCUGCGUCUUUCUCAUCCCCGACAUUUACGAGAAGAAUGUUGUUUCAAUUGUGCUCGGCGAGCUGAUACGUGGCUUCGGCUUUUCUCGCGUGUGCUUCAUGCAGGAGUCGCUGGCCGCCACAUUCGGAGCCGGCUUCAGUGCUGCUUGCAUGGUCGAUCUGGGCGCUGAAAAGACGACUGUGUGCUGCGUCGAAGAUGGCAUGUGCAUCGAGAAUUCCAGGAUAAAUAUGAAGUACGGUGGCUUCGACGUGACGGAGACCUUCGUCAAGAUGAUGCUGUUUGACAAGUUCAAUUACAGUGACUUCAACCUGACGCGACGACAUGAUUUUUUGCUUGCCGAGGAGCUCAAAGAAAAUUUCACCACGAUGAGUGACGAAAAUAUCAGCGUGCAGCUGUUCGAUUUUCACCUUCGUGCUCAUGGACAGCCAACUCGAAAGUACCAGUUCAAGCUGUACGAUGAGGGCAUGCUAGCUCCAAUGGUAAGUGAUUGAUCCGAACGUUUUUGCACCACCCACUGAAUCGUCAUCAGGGAUACUUCCGGCCGGCAAUAUUCGAGAGCUCAAGCAAGCUCAAUGGACGAAGAAAGCUCAUAGCGCCAUCGGAAGAUUUAUACGAAGGUCAUCCAAAUGACCCAAUGCCUGAGGCACAAUUGGCCGUGAUCAACUAUGUCGCCCAGAACAUCCCGACUGCGGUUGUUGCGCCCGCAGCAAAACCAGCACGACUUCUUGGUACUCCAAUGGUGCAGGGCACACCCCAAAAGCCGCGUCCUCUUCCCAUUCCGAGCCACGUGAAUACAGAGGACGGUACUCCGCGAUCCUCCCCAGCCGCCUCACCGCCUCCGGAAGAGAAUGGCACGCCAAUGCCAGACGCAGAAACUGGGCUUGGGGAAAUUGAUACCAAAUCGCAAGACCCUUGGAAAACCUUCGAGAUUAGUGAGCGCGUUGUGCCCAUGAUGCCACUUGACCAAGCAAUUCUCACUUCGAUCGAAUACGCGAGCAAACUGUCCAAGGACCAAAUUGACGAGCGCAAAAGGCGCGACUUACUCGGUAGCAUCAUGUUGACAGGUGGAGCGUCGAAGACACCAAAUCUUCAGAACUAUCUGGAAAUGCGACUCCGAGCUCUUAUGCCGCAGUAUCCGAAAGAGAUCCUGGUUGCUCCUCCGCCACGCGAGCUCGAUCCGUCGGUCCUGGCAUGGAAGGGCGGAAGCGUUUUUGGAAAACUGCGCAUGACGAAUGAUAGCUGGAUCUCGCCACUGGAAUAUGAUCGGCUGGGAGCAAGGAUUCUGAACUACAAGUGCAUGUGGCAUUGGUGA